CGCAAGAUGGCGGCAGCCGCGAACUCCGGCUCCAGCCUCCCGCUGUUCGACUGCCCAACCUGGGCAGGUAAGCCCCCUCCCGGUUUACAUCUGGAUGUAGUCAAAGGAGACAAACUAAUUGAGAAACUGAUUAUUGAUGAGAAGAAGUAUUACUUAUUUGGGAGAAACCCUGAUUUGUGUGACUUUACCAUUGACCACCAGUCUUGCUCUCGGGUCCAUGCUGCACUUGUCUACCACAAGCAUCUGAAGAGAGUUUUCCUGAUAGAUCUCAACAGUACACACGGCACUUUCUUGGGUCACAUUCGGUUGGAACCUCACAAGCCUCAGCAAAUUCCCAUCGAUUCCACGGUCUCAUUUGGCGCAUCCACAAGGGCAUACACUCUGCGCGAGAAGCCUCAGACAUUGCCAUCGGCUGUGAAAGGAGAUGAGAAGAUGGGUGGAGAGGAUGAUGAACUCAAGGGCUUACUGGGGCUUCCAGAGGAGGAAACUGAGCUUGAUAACCUGACAGAGUUCAACACUGCCCACAACAAGCGGAUUUCUACCCUUACCAUUGAGGAGGGAAAUCUGGACAUUCAAAGACCAAAGAGGAAGAGGAAGAACUCGCGGGUGACAUUCAGUGAGGAUGAUGAGAUCAUCAAUCCAGAGGAUGUGGAUCCCUCAGUUGGUCGAUUCAGGAACAUGGUGCAAACUGCAGUGGUCCCAGUCAAGAAGAAGCGUGUGGAGGGCCCAGGCUCCCUGGGCCUGGAGGAAUCAGGGAGCAGGCGCAUGCAGAACUUUGCCUUCAGUGGAGGACUUUACGGGGGCCUGCCCCCCACACACAGUGAAGCAGGCUCCCAGCCGCAUGGCAUCCACGGGACAGCACUUAUCGGUGGCUUGCCCAUGCCAUACCCAAACCUUGCCCCUGAUGUGGACUUGACUCCUGUUGUGCCGUCAGCAGUGAACAUGAACCCUGCACCAAACCCUGCAGUCUAUAACCCUGAAGCUGUAAAUGAACCCAAGAAGAAGAAGUAUGCAAAAGAGGCUUGGCCAGGCAAGAAGCCCACACCUUCCUUACUGAUUUGAUAUUUUUGGUCAUGGAGAGGGGUGGGAUUGGGUGGGAAUGGGGUGGAAGGGUGAUGGGGAGCUAAUGAACUAGGGAGAAAAACUUUCCAUGUGUGCGGUAUCGUCUUUCAGAAUGUCUCCUGGCAUCCUAACCAUGUAAUAUGAAAAUUGGGGGUGGGGUUGAAAUAGCCCAUAAAGACCUGUCUUCACAACACUCGCAGUGUAAGAAAGGCUCCUUAUAUCCUUUUCAAUAGACUGCCCUGGCUCUUUCCUAUGCCUUCCACUACCUCCUUUCUCCCACUUUCCAGGAUCAUUUUUAUGUAAAGUCACAUAUCCCAGGCCCUCAGGUUGAACCCAGAGCUGUCGAGGUUACAGUAGCAUCACCAGCCUUGGGGGUCCAGCAGCCUCAUUUAUAUUCACUACCUUUGCAAGUCCCAGGUAGCAGAAGGGUUGCCAUGGGUCUCAAAUUGAUCAAAAAGAAGACUUAGAAGUCUGCAGUUAAGUUGAGGUUUAAACUAAAAAAUGUUUCCUUGGGUCAGUGGUUUUGAGGUCCAAUAGUUAGGCUUUUCUCUUUUGUCCUUCCUCUUUUGGAGUGAAAACAGUUCAAUUUUCCUUCCUCUGUAACUGGUGCCAUAGACACAGGUUUAUAGUUUUAACUUACAGUAUUGUUUGAACUCUACCUGUUUUUCUUGUCAAACCUGAGCACUCCACUUGCUGAAGUUUCUUAUUUAAUUCCAGAGUACUGUCCUCUACUCUAAGGCAUUACUUUUAAGUGUAUUAUGAAGGCAAUUUUCAAAGGAUAUAACCGGUUGGGGUAAUUCAAAAUAAAAAGGAAAAGAUUUUUUUGCAAGUAACUGGUGUCUCUAAGAGGAAUUUUUAGAUGUCAGUUUGGAGGCUCUUUCCCCCCCAAUUGAGAGCUCUUGUUAUUGAGAGCUCUGAGACUAGACCUGGCUAACAAACAUAGGAGACAAAGUUAGGAAACAUUGAUACAAGCUUUGUACAGAGAUUUGUACAUUUGUGUAAUAGGC